AUGAUGGAAGGCCGCGGGUUGACUCUUCGAAGUAAAAAUCGCCGACCACGACCACAAAUCAGUGCUCCUCAGCCCAUCGCGGGUCCCUUGCCCCCCAAUACACGAGCGCCCGAUGCUCCCCAAGACUCCGUGCCGGUCGGUCGCGAGCGUGCCCCCCAGAGCGAGGCCACCUCAGACUUAGUCAAGCGUCGUUACUCAACUCGGUUCAAUGCCGCUCCUGAGUUUGACCUGGGCGCUCCUCCUGUCCCAGCUCUACCGUCCAAGCCCAACGGUGGCUAUGGUGGGCUGGGACCUUCAGCGGGCGAUUCAAGCCAGCCUGCCCCCGCAGAUGGCGUCUCAGUGCCUCUCAAGGUGGACAUGAAUGCGCUUCUGGAUCCCAGUCUACCGGCUGAUCGAUAUGUGGCCAGUCUUCUAGCAAAUGUCUCCGAGGAGGAGAUCCAGAAGUACCAGGAGAAUCUCCGCAAAGUUAAAAACCGGACGUCCACCGAUCUGCAACAGAACGUUUACCAGAACCGGACCCAAUUCAUCAAGAUUAGUAAAGAGGCUGAGAAGCUCAAGGACGAAAUGCGAACGCUGCGCACCCUCAUGUCCGAGUUGACCACGGCCCUCGGACAGACCUCAGUGGGCAAUACGCCCAACCCCAUGUCCCCUGCCGAUGAAGCCUUUCCCAAACGUAAAACGAAUCGCAGCUCGGUUGCCAAUUUGGAAAGCAUGUGGAGUGUGCAAUUGCAAACUCUAUGGAAAACGGUGGAAGGUUCACAAAAGUUCUUGCCCGCGGUGCCUGGGCGACAUAUUGUGCUGGAAACGGGCAACUGGGCCGAGCUGGACUCGGCGACGUGGAAACCUAAGCGGCCGGUACAUAUUGUGCUCCUCAAUGACCACUUGCUGGUGGCCGCAAAGAAGCGGAAACGCGUCGAUCAGAGCCAGUCCAACCACCGAGGCCCGAUCCCGACUAAGCUCGUGGCGGAAGAGUGUUGGCCGCUGCAAGACAUUGACAUGAUCGACCUGGCCGCAAACCUUGGAACAGGAGCCGCUCGAGAGGAAGCCCUGGAUCGUGGUAUUGGCAAUGCAAUUAGUAUACGAGUGGGCUCUAAGCCCUAUACGUACCGUCAAGAUAAGCGGGAUACGUCGACAAAGCACGAGUUGCUUACGACUUUUCGCAAGACGGUGGAGGAUUUACGCCGAAACUUGCGCAGUGAGACGGAGGCCGCAAGCAAACCUCACGAGGCUUACGGGCAUCUGACUGGGCGUCAUCUAUCAUACGCACAGAAGCUGGAGGGGGAUGAACUAGUGGACGGUCCGCGCGAUAAGCCGGACCUGCGCAUCGAUGUUGAUGGCAAGCAGCAGAAUCUCCGCUGGGUAGAAGGACAGGUGGAUGAACUGGACAUUGACAUUGCCCUUCAGAACUUCGAAGCGGCAGUGUCCAGUAUCGAGCGGUUACGGAAGCUUGCCAAAGGCUUGAAGGGGAACACGAUCGCUCAAGAAGUGAUCAACGUCAAGAUUGAUGCACGAGCGACACGGCUCGCUGGCAUUCUUUCUCGGUCCUUGGUUGACACGCACUCGUUUUUGAGUGCCACCAAGACCAAAAUCAGUUGGCUCAGCCGUCUCGGAUUUGAAGACCCAGCGCGUGAGACCUAUUUGAAGGCGCGCACUGAUGUGGUUUCUCAGCGGAUUCGAGCUUGCGUUUUCGAGGGUGAUCUUCCCCUCUACAUUUUCCAAAUCUCAUUCGUUUAUUUCACAUUGAUUAAGAACACCAUCGGUAUCUACCAGCAGUGUUUUCCCAGCGUGAUGACCAGUUCCUGUAUCCGCUGGGCAAAGUCACACUUGGAUGGGUUCAACGCAUUGCUUAGCCGUCAGCUGAGUAGCGUACAGCGCGGCACUUCUGUGUGGGACAAGUGCAUCGGCAUUGUUCAUGAGCAUGCGGCUCUUUUGACGGAGGUAGGUGUCGAUUUCACCGAUCUUGUUGCUCAUGGAUUGGAUGAACACCAUGACGAUGGACCGCGGGCUGUUCAACCAAGUCAAGUAGCUCAAGUUCAGGGAUCGGCAAGUUAA